UCCUCAGACUGUACACCAACUUCAUGUAAAUCCAGGAAAUUCUGACAGCAGUACUUACCAGAGUAUUCAGCAGAUGAGAAACGCAAUGGAAAAAGAGAUAAAGAGUGAGAGAACAAGAGGAAAUGGCAGAGAGUUAGCAUUCACCCUUAUGCCAUUGUAUGCUCUGGGAGUGGGAGUGUUUGCAGCAUACAAAUUUCUUAAGAUGAGGUCACAUGAAGAAAGUCUCUCCAAAAAGGAAAAAAGUACAGAAGACAAGGCAAAGGAAACAGAGCAUCAGCUUUUAGAACUAGAGCAGCAUCUAGCACAGACAGAGAAAAUGUUAAAUUCUUUAUUGACUCAGUUGGAUCCACUGUCGAACUGUGUUAAUGCUUUAGCUUGUGAGCAGAAAGAUGAAAUAAUGACACAGCUCAAAUCAAUUAGACGACUGAUAAAAGAAAGUGGAUUGGAUAAAUCAGAAAACGAGAUUAAAGAUGUCAGCCACAUUUGUAACGAGAAGCUUGAAGAUCUCAUUCAGUCAUUUGCUGAACAUUCUCAAGAGAAAGAAGUAGAUGACAGAGAAGAUUACAGUAAUGAAGAUUUCCUUGAGGAUGUUGAUAAUGAUUACAAAAUGGAAGAGCAUGAAUUAUGCGAUGAAUGUGAAGUACAUCAGUUUGAGCCAGAUGUGGUAGAAGACCCAGAAAUGAUAAACAAAGAUGUUACUGAAUCAGAAGAGAUGGGACUGAGGAGGCGUAAUAGAUACGAAUGAAAUCUGCAUAUGUAAAACUUUCAAAAGCUUAUGAAUUUAUUUUUUGUUAAAAUGUUGUAUGCACUUUAAACUGUUCUGAACGAAGUUAUGUGCACUGCUGUGUGCUUUAAAAAGAGGUGAAAUACUGCCUGUGCUUCUGCCUGUGGCGGUUCUGUAACAGACUUCAGUGGCAGCAGAGUUUCACUUGGGAUGUUUACAUAUUUUUUUCUAUUUAUUUUUUUCCUACAAAAAUAUUUCUAUACUC